GAGCCUACAUUCCCCAUGAUGCAAUUGUGCUGGGACAACUCCCGUGAUGCUGCGAGGCCUAAAUGCUGGUUGCUGAUUGGCCCGGUGCUCCCGGAAGUGUCUGAGCCCGGUGGGCGGGCUGCGGGGAGUCAGCGGCAGCGCUCGGUGGGGACCAUGGCUACAGCAAUGGACCAACUGGUGGGAUUUGGCCUGGUAGCCUUUAGCCUCCUCCUUUUUGUUUACUACACCAUCUGGAUUAUUAUACUGCCCUUCAUUGACAGCGAUCAUGGGAUUCAUAAGUUCUUCUUGCCCAGAGAGUAUUCGGUUACCAUUCCUGUCAUCGCAGGGCUCCUUCUGGUGCUGUUUGUAGGGGUCUUUGUGGUGAUUGUGAUGUGGAAGAACAGAAAACCUGCAAAGAAAUCAGACUGAAGACAGCAGGAUGGGAGAGGCAGGGAGAAGGUGCCUGGCCUGGAGCGUCUCAACAGGUACAAGACUCUCACCUGCAGAAACAAGAGCACACUCCACUCUAAGACUCUGUCACAUGCUUGAAUGGACGUUGGACUUUGCUGCGCCCUCUUUCCGUGAUCCCUGCCCUGAGACUCGUAUCCAGCUAUAGUUUACAAUGUACUGAACAAAGGGAAGUGAAACUGUCUGACCCACAGGAUUCCUCUAGUGAGGGACCAGAGCACCAGCCCUGCUGAACCUGUACCCAGGUUAGGGAUAAUCCUAGCAGACUGGUGGCUUUGGACUCUACAGUUCUUGCACUGUGUAUCCUGUGCUAAGGUGACACUGUUCUGGCACCAGGCAGUGCUAGUGAGCAAAGGGCUCAGACUUCAGUGACUUUCCUCUUCUCUGCUGCAGACGCCUCCUUUACUUGGUUUGUUUCUUUCAUUUUUUAACUAGUUACUUUAGGAUUUUUUAUAGUGGAUCCAAUAUGUGAAAAAACAAAAUCAUGGAUAAAAAAGCGCUCCUCUCUAAGGCUCAGAGGGCAGGUCAGGGAGAGAUCCCCCCUCGCCACUUACCUACUGGAGGAGUGAUGAACCAUCAGCAUCUUGUACCAACAGUGUUACUGUCGAGGGGUCUCAUUCCACCCCAGUCCACCUGCUCUUAUGCACAUACAGGCUGUCUGUUCUGUCUUAGUCAGGGGAACGGUUGCCUCUCCACCAUGCAUUGCAUGUUACAGGGAAGCCACAAGCUUUAUAGCCUCCUUCAUGGCCCACUGUGCAGAGGAGGUAAUGAAGAGGUGAGGUCCUCUGCUGUUGUGUAGAAGGUGCACCACUGUUCUCCAUGCUGUUCUAUUCUCCGCAGUGUGCGUGCAUUCAAUGGGGAUGGAGAAGAAAGUCCUGCUCUGCUGAACAGCAACUGAGGAAGAAGGGGAGAGGGGCUCAGAUACUGUCCUGAUAAAUGUGGUAUUAAUACUGGUCCAGUGAAGCCAUUGGUUCUGCUUUAUACUUUAUUUUCCACGUUCCUGGUUAGCAUAGGACUGUGAGGGGGAAGAGCAUGCAAGCUGCCUGGAGCCGUGCUCUUUCUGCGCCAGGCAGGGCUGAAGCAGCAGGGUGUUUUCACGCCUUAGCACGCUGACUUGCUUCAAACCCUGUAGGUGGAGUCCUGGCAGCUCUGUUUGAAUGUGAAGAACUGGAGUCUCAAUAAAUAUUAUGCAGUA